CCCCUAGUAGCGUCCUUGCUCCUAGUAGCGAUGCCCUUUGCUCCUAGUAGCGAACAUUGUUGGAACAGAGUUUCCAAGCGAGCGGUUCCAUUGCCAUCUUGCUCCAUCUCGCUCCAUCGUGCGCCAUGAACUACCCGGUAGACAUGUCCAUGUGGGGCUGUGGUGGCUGUGGUGGCUGUGGUGGCAAUGCAAUGGAUCUAGCGAUGGCCAAUGCCAACUGGUUUGGCUUGAACGGAUGGAACUGGAAUUGUUGGAAUGCGAGUGCACCGUGUGCAGCAACACCGUGUGCAACACCGUGUUCACUUGGAAUGCAAGGUGGGUUUUCGUGCAACGCUCUCAGUCCAAUGGCAGCGCAUGCAGCGCAUGGAGCAACACCCGCGACUGAGAGUCGUCCCAGUGGCACCACGUGCAAGGCCGGAUUUCCGCAACCGCCGCAACCUCAACCGCUGCCAGCGCCUCUCCCGUCUCGACGCGACAGCGACAAAGAGAUUUGCCAUGCCAUCAUGUUGGUCCCAUCCGAUGAGGGCACUGGCUGCCAUGCCGUGUACGAUCAAGAUACCAUCAAUGAGUUACUUCACCCCGACUGGAAGCGGUUCCUUCAGCUGGCAGAACAAGCACCACAAGGCACUGCACCACCGGGCACGGCCGUUGGACUGGAUGAUAUACGGCAGAAUCUGUCGAACGUCUUGGUCUUUUUCAUCGUUUCGGACGUGGGAGUGGAAGGAGAAGUGCUGGCAAAACAGUCUGCCAAGCUUGGUGCCAGGGCCCACUUGGUUGGAGAGACACACGAACUUUAUUCUGAGCUGCAGAAGUGGAAGUCUGUGGCGAUCAUGCGAGGUACAGCCUACGAAGCACCAAUUCUACGAAGCACCAAGGAAGAGGACCGCAAAAACAUCUCCAAAAUUCCCGACGGCCUGCGGCAAAUCCACCGACAUAUCACUUACAUUGGGAGUCCAGAAGGUCUUCGUGACAAAGAGGCGAUCCCCAAGUUUGCCGAGAUUUUGGCCAAGAAAUCCUUGGAGUCUGUGGGUGCCCAAAUGGUUUUUCGAACCUUGGCAGAUGCUUUCAAGAAGCUGAAAAAUCGAGUGGCGCACAAAAAGUCCAUCGUUUAUACAGUCCAUCAGAUGUUGAUGCGCUACAAGCGUCACAUGCUGCGCGAAGACACCAUGCAGAUGUGCGUGGAGAAGUUCUUGGUGAAGAUCGGAUAUGAAAUCCGCAUCAUGCCCACCAAAGAGAGGGAAGCAUAUUGCAACCUACUGAAGUAUUGGGAUCAAAUGAAGGUCUUGUCCAAAGAAGACUUGAAACUCGUCAAGUGGAGGUGGGACUGCCUGGAGGCAGAAGACUUGUACAGCGAUUUGGAGUUUGAACCAACCUCCGAGUCCAACCGCUGAUUCACUGCGCAAAA